GGGGAGGCGGUCGGGAGGGCCGUUCCGUACGCCGAGCCAUGGCGGCGCUGAGGGUGCUGGAGCUGUACAGCGGCAUCGGGGGGAUGCACCAGGCUCUGAAAGGUACCCGGCAGCCCGGCCGUGCGGCCCCUCGCCCCGCUCCUCGCCGCCUCCCCCCUCUUUGGACGCCAUCUUCUCGCUGCGCCCCUGACCCCCGGGGGGCUGUGAGGAGCGCCAUCUUCUCGAGGGGACUAAGAUGGCCCCUCGCCUCGGACCCUUCCCCACCCUGCGUGUCCCCCCCGCCGUCAUGCACGGACGCGCGGAAGGAAGCUAUGGGGUGGGAGGCGGCCUCGCUCCCCUCAUCCCAUAGCUUGGAGGCACGUCCUCCCCAUCUCGGGCUGGAAUGGGGCGGUGGGACUCGUGUUGAAGGGGAGGAGGCUGUGCCCACGGAACAGACACAGGGGAAAGCUGCAUAUGUGCAGAAGUUGUUGCUGCUGUGGAUGUGAACACUCUUGCCAAUGAAGUUUAUAAGCACAACUUUCCCAGCACACCAUUAUGGGCGAAGACAAUUGAGGGCAUUACACUGAAAGAAUUUGACAGAUUGUCUUUUGAUAUGAUUUUGAUGAGUCCUCCCUGUCAGCCAUUUACAAGAAUUGGCCUACAAGGUGAUGUGUCUGAUCCGCGGACAAAGAGCUUUCUUUAUAUUCUUGAUAUUCUCCCAAGGCUCCAGAAGUGUCCAAAAUACCUACUUUUAGAAAAUGUUAAAGGAUUUGAAUCCUCUUCUGCAAGAAAUGAACUUCUGCGAACACUAGAAACGUGUGGAUUUAAAUAUCAAGAAUUUCUCUUGUCUCCAACCUGUCUUGGCAUUCCCAAUUCUAGGCUGCGGUAUUUUCUAAUUGCAAAGCUUCACCAAGAGCCAUUUUUCUUUCAUGUUCCUGGUCAGAUAUUGACAAGACUCCCAGAUCAAAAUCUAGAAGAAUUAUCCAAGGACAAAGUUGUUGACAAAACUGGUUCUUCCUUUCCUUCUGGAGAGAAGAGUCUGGAUUCAAAUACUAGUCCUGAUUGCAGCAGCAAGAAGGGACCCUUACCAAAAGGGGCCUUUCUUUUUAAGCUUGAAACAGCAGAACAAAUGGUAAGGAAGCAUAGACAAGACAAUGAUCCCUCUAUUCAAAUGUUAGAAGAUUUCCUGGAAGAGGAAAAUGAAGAAAUGAGUCAGUAUUUUUUAGCACCCAAGUCCUUGGUACGCUACGCUUUCUUGUUAGACAUUGUUAAACCCACUUGCCGGAGAUCCACAUGCUUUACAAAAGGGUAUGGGCACUAUGUAGAAGGGACAGGCUCAGUUCUGCAGACAGCAGUAGAUGUGGAGCUUGAAUCGGUGUUUAAGCACAUUGAGAACUUAACAGAAGAAGAGAAGCUUAUGAAACUGUCAACACUAAAACUGAGGUAUUUUACUCCAAGAGAAAUAGCAAAUCUGCAUGGAUUCCCUCCAGAAUUUGGUAUGUGCUCGCAAAGUACCCACUUCUACUUCAUUCUUCAGUUAUGCCAAUGUAGCUUUUUGUUGGGAGUAAUGUGUGCAUUUUAUUUUGCAAGUUUUUUUCUGACCAUUCUGACCAUUCAGCAUUUCUGUUUGGUUUUUACUAAUUGGCUGACUUUUCUCUAAAUUUCCUUUUGCAUGAGAAGUGCUGUAUUACUGAAUGACAGCAAAGGAAUAUAUUUGUUUUACCAUUGAAACUAUUUACUCAACAGCCAACAUUACCCAUAACCGAUAAGUCAACAUAUCCUGCCAGCUUAGGAUAUCUCAGUUCUCACUGCUUGCUCCCUUCCAUACGUUUAAAGCUGGUAACAGAAAGGGAAUAACUUCACAGUAUACAGAUGCUUCUUUGUUUAGGAGUAACAAAUCUCUUCAAUUAAUGAUUUUUUAAGUCUUCUCUAAUUUCUAGAAAAGGCAGUCCUAGCCCUUGGUCAGUUACUUCAUUUUCUGUUUUUCUGGAGACAAGGGAGUCAAGGAGCAAGACUGGGUAAUGCCAGUGUGUUGCACACAGGUCAACUGAAAUUAAGCCAGAAAUAAAUGCACCAGAUUUUUCCUUGCUCUUCAGCAAAGAAAGACAAGGAAAUGGAGCUGUUACUGUCUGCUAAGGAACUUGGUCUGCUGCCAUCAUAUGAGAUCAAUUUAUUGUCUCUCAGCAAUACAGACUUCCAGGACACCAGUGACCUUCAGUAACUUGUAAUAUAUUUCAACUUUCUGAGUGGCUUCAGGUUCUGAGGAGUGUUGAUAGUUUGCAUAUAUUUUUUUCUUUUGUAUCUUUAGGUUUUUUUUUUUUUUUUGUAUUUAUUCCUUGCAAUUACAUGAAAAAAAAAAUGAUAUUAAAGGAACAUUAUCAAGGUUGCAUAGUCAUUAGAGUUGACACCACUAAACUUACUUGUUCAGUACUUUUUUCAUGAGUGUGCCAUGUUGAGUUAAAUGUCAAUGUGCAGCAGUAUUUCAUAGCCUGCCUUCUUGAAUAGAUUUGUCCUUUUUGAAGAUAUCAUUUUUCUUAGCAUCUCUCAGUUCCAUACUGCCUUUCGUUGUUAUAAAGAAACUUGAGCUAAACUUGCCUAGAUUGGUCAUGUAUAGGCUUAUAAUAAUGUUUUAAGUUCCAUUUUGAACACAGAAUUAUCUGUUCUCUCUUUUUUAAAAUACAGUGCUUAUUUAAUAGCUUGUGUUUUCCAAACAUUGGAUCAGUCCUUGCAAUACCACUAAGAGGUGUACUAGAGUUAACGUUGUUUGUAUUUAAUAGAGACAUAACCAAGGCAACAAGAUUUAUGUUUGGAUGACUCCAUAUGUUUGAGUGACCUUUAUUGUUUCAGAGCAUUUGGAAUGAUGCUAAGCUUCCUCUGUACAGAGCUCAUCUUCAGGGGCAGCUGUUACCUUCCAUUUUCUGCAAACCACAACUGAACUCUCAAGACAAGUCAGGCUUCUGAAUUUGAGGAGCAUACAGAUAGUCACUAUCUAUGAAGUGAUCACUUGGCGAACUUGUCUUGUCACCAGAGAAAUGCACAGCAGCCAGGGACAGAUCACAGCUCUCACAGUGCUAAACUCUUCUGCCUUAAUGAUGGAAUCUCCUUUACAGCUCUUGCAGUUCCCUUCUUCACUAUACUACUUUUCCAACUUCCACAACACAUGGAACAAGCCUCGUAUCCAAUGGCUUCCUCUGCCAUGUAAUCCUGAUUCAUAUGCACAGUAAGGUUUUCCCAGUGCACUGAGUCACAAGUCUGACAUUUCUCUCCUUUGUUUUAAUCUAGAUGUUUACCACUUUGUACAUGUAAGGGGGGGGGUGUUACUCAGCUCUAUGCUGAUUGGAAUCUGGUGAAUUUAGCUACUGUGAGUUUCUUUUGAGGAUUUACAUUUUCUUGAAAAGGCUUACAAGUUGCUAUAUUUAUGGCUACAGUAAGGGGUAUGUCACUGAGUGCAUUUCUUCCAUACUAAAUUUCAAAUGUGAAGUGUGGAAUUUUCAGAGGAAGACACACUAUAACUUCACUGCAUCUGUGUUCUUUAGCAAAAAUUUGGUUGAAAUUUUCAGUGUCAGGAAGCCUGGAGUUGUACCCACUGCAACUAUUUGUUCAAGAAAUGAAUGAAUUAACAAAUGAGAAAACUAUAGAAGCUGAAAAUGAGAUGAACAGAAUGUCAAAAAGCUUUGUCACAGAUACCAACAUACUGCUACCUGCAGCUAUGGUGUUUUUAUAAGAAACAUCGUGUCUAAAUGCAGCAUAAUUGUGUCUAUAUUUUAACAGAUUGAUGGUCUUUUCAAGUACAUGAGAGGUAGAGCUGAAAUCAUUGUCUUGUCUUAACAUUAACAGAUUUAUUUGUGCUUUUAACAUCUCAGUGUAUAAAUUGUAAUUGCACUAUAGGUCAGUGAAAAAAAUGUGCAAUCGUUUGUCUUAAUCAUGGGUCCCAUAGCAAUAUCAUUAAAAGGGAUCAGAGCAUUCUUGCACCUGCGACCUGCUUUCAUGAGGGUGAUGUCAGGAGGCCUUUUCCAUUUUUCCUCUUAGCAGUGUGUGUAAGCUCUUAAGAAACAAACGGCAGGCUGGUGGAAAGCCAGCACUCUGUGGUAGUGCACGUUGUCAAGACUUCAGCGUUGCCAAGUAACAUGCAAGACCUAGCUGAUAUGGUGAGAUCUGUGCAGUAAGUACCAGUGUUCUGGUAUGAGUUGUUAAAUCUGUCCUGAUGUAGGUUACUCUCAGCCAAGACAGAAGAUGCAAAACAAUGUAAACAGGCAGAUGGAGGGAGGUUUGGGAUAAAGAAAACAGCCCUGAAAUGAAUUCUGGCUUUCAGUUGCCAAAAGGCAGAAGGAGAAACACUGAAAUUAUCAGUGUUCAUAUAAGCUUCUUGAGCUCUAAGUACACGUGCGUGUAUGUGCAUAAAUACACAUUUAUUUUCAUAUCCUCUUCUGAAAUGUGUAGCUUCUGUAUCUUAUUCAGUGAUACAAUGUGAAAACUAUUUAAGUAAGUCUGUGUGGGGAAAUGCUAACGGUUGUUCCAAAGAGGAGAAUGGGUGCCCAAAUUUGAGCACUGAGAAGCUGUGCAGAAUGGCUAGAGCUGGCAGAAAACAUGUUUACCAAAGCAGUCCAUAUUCAAAGCAUUAAUAACUGGCAGAGAAGGAUGGAACAAUUCCUCCCAGACGCCUCCUCCUCAGCUUCCCACCCUUGGCUCAGCAGCUAUCCAGCCAUGUUCUCUCCUGAGCUCUCCCUGGACAAGGAUUUUUCUGAGGAGCUCUGAAAACUUCAGAAUGUUUAUAUCACUUCUUCCUCACACCAACUGUGCAUCAAAGCUAAGUUGGGUGGUGAUGACCUCAGGGUCAAAGUUAGGUGUUUCUUCUUAGGGAAUGAGCAAAUAAUUGAACGUGAUCAAGUUUCAGCAGCUUAGCAGAUGACCAUAGCAGUCGAAUCCCCACUGCUUUUCAUCUUUCAGUCAGUUUGAAGCAGACACACUUUAGCUUGUAGUUGGAGUAAGCUGAGAGUGCAAGCAAGGAUGGGUGCAGCAGACCAGCUAGUUGGCAACUUCUUAAUUUUCAGAAGCUUGGUCACCUUUGAUUGCACAUUCAAUACAGAACACAGCCCUUUCACAGUACCUGGAACAGUUUAACAUUUUCUGGUCCCCCUUUCUUCUUGCCAGUCAGUGCACUUACAAUGUGAAGGACUUUUUGAUGGUGUCUGUAUUUCUGAGUGCAUUCCACAAAGACAGCAUUGAAUUACAUGGAAAAUUGUUCAGCUGCUUGAUCUCUCCCUGAAUAAACCUUCCUCAUAGCCUGAUCCGUACUGGUAGUAUCUUGCAAUGUGAGACUAAUGUCAUUUUCCAUAACUGGUUAGAGGACCUCAGAUUGGAGUUACAGUAUAUAGCCUGUAAUGAAAUGCAUUUGAGUGUAUGUGCAGAAUCAUUUUAUUUUCUUUCUCCUGUGGCUACGUUGCUCUUUUCAUUUUCUCUUGAGUAGCAGUUGUGCAGUGCACAAUUGUGUUUAUAAAUUUGUGAACUGGAGGGGUGGGUGUUUCUGUAUAUAUGAAAUCUAUAUUUCUGAUAACUGAAUUAAGAGCUGUUCAUUGAAAGAAGCAAUAGACUAAAAGCCAGGGAUAAACCCGGAAUAAUGACUUUGUGCUGUUUUAUUUUAGGCUUUCCUGACAAAGUAUCAAUAAAGCAAUGCUACCGUCUUCUGGGAAACAGCCUCAAUGUACGUGUGGUGGCAAAAUUGAUCUCCGUUCUACUUGGAUAAUAUAGAACCUCAAUCGGAUGACUGUGGAUUGGUGACAGAAAAUACUGCAGUCUUUCAUGCAAAAGCUGAUGGCAGCCUGACAAAAAUCAGAGCUAACUAAAACAUACAUCCAGAUAUUUUGCUUAACAGUUCUGAUAUGUUUAAAUACCUUUCACUCAUGGUGGAUUUGCACUCCAGACGUCCUUUACUGAAAUGGAAGUUUCCAGGAAUUAAUUGCUCCCUCUCAAUAUUGGUUUUACUUUGCAAAUGAAAAAUAGCAGAAAUAAUCACAUGUAUCUCAAUAAAAAUGGAGAGAACAAUUUUAUCUGAAAGCUGUUCUCAGUACAAUAUGAAAGGGCUGUAAAUGUCAAAGCUGCUUUCAUUAAGUGCAAAGAUGAGGUUCUGCGUGUAAAAUGUUUUCAUCUGUAAAUAUCAGCAAUCCAUUCUGAGCAGAUUUAUUGUAUAUCUGAUCUAUUUAUUUUUAAAAUCUAAUUAAAGUGUUAAACUGAGUAUUUUAUAUAGACUUUUUAAGAAGACCCAUUGCCAUCUGUAGUUUAGGUUUGUCUGAUCCUGUCUAAAUACUUUCAGGGUUCUGGAACCCAACUGCGUCUGUUUUGUAUGAUUUUGUUCAGCUGAAUAAAAAUACUUCAAGAUUAUCAUAA